AAUCGAUGUAUGUGUUGAAAAUUCUGCGCGGUAGAUGGUGCUGAACAGCUAAACCGUUGGACCAACGUCCAUUGGCCGGCAAUACUUCAGAAAAAAAAAGAAAAGUAAAAAGACUCCCCUUCGGCUGCGACGUCUGCACAGAAGGAACUUCUUGUUUUAGAAAUCUCACAAGAGGAGACAAUUUCACGCCGGAACUUGUUUCAGUUCGGUAGGAGGUGUGAAGUGAUAUGGCGGCUCACGGGACGAACGGAAGGGCUCCCAAAAGGCCGAGAACUGAUCAGGAUAAUGCCCAACGAAACUGGUAUGGUGGAGGUGGAGAUCGAGGAGGUGGCUGGGAGGAGGAUGGCGGAUUCAAAAAGAAGGACUUUCCCGAGAACCACAUCUUGCUGUUCACCAUCGUGAACCCGGUCUACCCCAUUACAGUGGAUGUGCUGCACACCAUCACGCAGGCCUUUGGAGACGUCUUGAGGAUUGUUAUAUUCAAGAAACACGGCGUCCAAGCCAUGGUCGAGUUUGCCAAUGUGGAUAUGGCUAGGGCGGCCAAAGAAGGCCUGGACGGGGCCGACAUUUACUCCGGCUGCUGCACCUUGAAAAUUGAAUACGCCAAGCCCACCAGGUUGAACGUCCAUAAAAACGACUCGGAGACGUGGGAUUACACGACACCAACGCCAGGAGCAGAUUCACAAAGACAGCGACCGGCACCGUUAUUACCCGAACCGGCUGGAGGACCUCAAGGAUUCAGAGGAUCACCCGAAUAUGGACGAACAGCGGAGCGACAUGAGAACGGGUUCGGCGUCCGGCAGGGGCGUGACGGUGCCACGCCGAGGUUCGACUAUGAGGAAGGCGGUGGAGGAGCCGGUGGGCGAUUUGGAGGUGAGCCAUCACGGUCCAUUGGAGGUGGAAGACCUCCCGGCCAGAGGUUUGGCGGUCAAUCGGGGCCUCCCGUUCAGAGCCGGAGCUCGCGGGGGGUCGUCGAGCCCACCGACGGUCCCCAAGAAGGCGCCGUUCUCAUGGUCUACGGUCUCAACAUGGAAAAGAUGAACGCCGACCGGCUGUUCAAUCUCCUCUGCCUUUACGGCAACGUAUUCAAAGUCAAAUUCCUCAAGACGAAAGAGGGUUCAGCUAUGGUCCAGAUGGGCGAUGCCGCUUCGGUCGACAGAGCCAUAUUCUAUCUGAACGGCCUCGAAUUCUUCAACACGAAAAUGAACGUCAAUUAUUCCAAGCAGGCCUUUUUGGCAGACGUAUCAAUGCCGUACGACUUGCCGGACGGCACGCCUUCAUUCAAAAGUUACGUCAAUAGUAAAAACAACCGAUUUCUCAACCCGGACAUGGCGUCCAAAAACCGGCUGCAGCCACCCUGUAAAGUGCUACAUUUCUAUAAUACACCGCCCGGUCUCACCGAGGAGGACCUGCGCAAAGUCUUUGAGGAAAACGGAACGGCUUUCCCCGCCGAAGUCCGGCUUCUGCAGAACAAGAGUGAGAAAAGUUCGUCUGGUCAUUUGGAGUUUAGUACGCUGCAAGAGGCCGUCGAAGCGCUCGUUAUCUGCAAUCACAUUCCCCUUUCCGGUGCCAAUGUCAAGUGGCCCUACACGACGAAAUUGUGUUUCUCGACACCACGCCCCGGCCAAGCCGAGCAAACACAGUGAUAAACGUCAACCCACCCUCCCCCAUCUACAAGUUUAAAAAAAAAAAUCAGGAGCUUGACCAAAAUUCAUGUUUGUCGUUUUGAAAAACAAAAGAAUGACGACUAAUUUUUUUUUUUUUUUUUUGCAUACAAAUUUAGAAAAGAGUGUUUUGAUUAUAUGUGGCGUAACCACCUAACUGAAGCAGUGAAAAAAAAAAAAGAAGGCAAGAUAAUUUUUGUUACACAAAUCAUCAUGUAAAACAUAUACACGAGUCGCGACAGAUGAGAUGCACUACCUCCAAAUUCAGAAUUAAUAAGUCACACUAAACCGAAAGAGAGAGAGAGAUAAACGUUCUUUGUGUUGA